CCUAAUGUCUGUCCGUGUCGGGUGCCGAGUGCUGAACGUUAGGUCGGCGCGAUGUACAUGUGGGGCCUAGACCCCCAUCAUCAGAGGUGGAUGCUUGUCAAACCGGCGCCAGGCACGCGCCUCGACAAGACAGCGGCGUACCGGCGUGUGCAGCACAGUCCGCAGCAUUGCUGGGCACUGGUAAACCACGCAAUUGACCUUGCGACUGCAUCGAUUCUCUCAACGUACGAGAGCUCGCACUACCUUCACCAGGAUCCGGUCUUGGGCAACGUCCUCUUCGACGACAACGUCUCUCGCGCACACCUCAUCGAUUGGGGAUGUGCCACUACGGAUUCACGUCAAGCGACUCCCGCGGACGUCAAGGGCCUCGUCUCUCACUUCUUCCAGAAUUCCCGGGGUGUCCAGCUUUGUGGCGGCGGGCCACCGCCACAGGUGGUGCAUAUACCUGUGAUGCACGCCCCGGCCAACCAUUGUCCGAUGCCUGUGUACCACCUGGGGCACGCCCUUCCUGGGUGGCAUUGAUGAGUUUGGCGAUGAUGUAUACAUAGUAGCGCUGCGCCUGUCAGGGAUCGAAUGGAGACGCGACUUCGUAUCGUUUACAUACGUGGGGUUGUGAGUUGCUACCGUCGCGACAGCAUGGAAGAUGCUCUGCCAGCAUACUCGAGUCCUAUCCUCAUGGACCCUGUCGGAACUAUGGGGGCUUCUUCGUCAAGAUCUUAGUAGUGGUCGUAUGUGUAGCUUUGAAUGUGUAUAAUAGUGC